ACUGGGCGGCGGAGACUCCUCGGGCUCCUGAGAAGUGGAUCCGCUCCCGGCCACCGCGAUGCCAGGAGCCGCCGGGGUCCUCCUGGUCCUGCUGCUCAGCGGGGGCCUCGGGGGCGGCCAGGAACAGCGGCCACAGCCGCGGCCGCGGCAGCCACAGGCACAUCAGCAAAGAGGUUUAUUCCCUGCUGUCCUGAAUCUUGCUUCUAAUGCCCUCAUCACCACAAAUGCAACGUGUGGAGAAAAAGGACCUGAAAUGUAUUGCAAAUUGGUAGAGCAUGUCCCUGGACAGCCCGUGCGAAACCCCCAGUGUCGAAUCUGCAAUCAAAACAGCAGCAAUCCAUACCAGAGACACCCGAUUACAAAUGCUAUUGAUGGAAAGAACACUUGGUGGCAAAGUCCCAGUAUUAAAAAUGGAAUCGAAUACCAUUAUGUGACAAUUACACUGGAUUUACAGCAGGUGUUCCAGAUUGCAUAUGUGAUUGUGAAAGCAGCUAAUUCCCCUCGGCCUGGAAACUGGAUUUUGGAACGCUCACUUGAUGAUGUUGACUACAAGCCCUGGCAGUAUCAUGCUGUGACAGACACGGAGUGUCUAACGCUUUACAAUAUUCAUCCCCGCACUGGACCGCCGUCAUAUGCCAAAGACGAUGAGGUCAUCUGUACUUCAUUUUAUUCCAAGAUACAUCCCUUAGAAAAUGGAGAGAUACACAUCUCUUUGAUCAAUGGGAGACCAAGUGCCGAUGACCCUUCUCCUGAACUGCUGGAAUUCACCUCCGCUCGCUAUAUUCGCCUGAGAUUUCAGAGAAUCCGCACCCUGAACGCCGACUUGAUGAUGUUCGCUCACAAAGACCCAAGAGAAAUUGACCCAAUUGUCACACGAAGAUAUUACUACUCAGUCAAGGAUAUUUCGGUCGGAGGGAUGUGCAUCUGCUACGGUCAUGCCAGGGCUUGUCCGCUUGAUCCAGUGACAAACAAAUCCCGCUGUGAAUGUGAGCAUAAUACAUGUGGUGAUAGCUGUGAUCAGUGCUGUCCAGGAUUUCAUCAGAAACCUUGGCGAGCUGGCACUUUUCUGACUAAAACUGAAUGCGAAGCAUGCAAUUGUCAUGGGAAAGCUGAAGAAUGCUAUUAUGAUGAAAAUGUUGCCAGAAGAAAUCUGAGUUUAAAUAUACAUGGAAAGUACAUUGGAGGAGGUGUGUGUGUGAAUUGUACCCAAAACACCGCUGGUAUAAACUGUGAGACAUGCAUUGAUGGCUUCUUCAGACCCAAAGGGGUAUCUCCAAAUUAUCCAAGACCCUGCCAGCCAUGCCAUUGUGAUCCAAUUGGCUCCUUAAAUGACGUCUGUGUGAAGGACGAAACACACGCUCGACGAGGUCUGGCACCUGGGUCCUGUCACUGCAAACCUGGCUUCAGAGGUGUGAGUUGUGAUCGAUGUGCCAGGGGCUACACCGGCUAUCCUGAUUGCAAACCCUGUAACUGCAGUGGCGCAGGGAGCACGAAUGAGGACCCUUGUUUUGGGCCCUGUAACUGCAAGGAGAAUGUUGAAGGUGGGGACUGCAGUCGCUGUAAAUCGGGCUUCUUCAACUUGCAAGAGGAUAAUCAUAAAGGUUGUGAUGAGUGCUUCUGUUCAGGAGUGUCAAACAGAUGUCAGAGCUCCUACUGGACCUACGGCCAUGUACAAGAUAUGAGAGGCUGGUACCUGACUGACCUCUCUGGGCAUGUGCGAGUGUCCCCCCAGCAGGACGACUCGGAGCCGCCUCAGCAGGCCAGCAUCCGCAGUGUGGAAGCCCAGCGUUCCCUGUCACCAAGGUACUACUGGAGUGCCCCACCUGCGUAUCUGGGAAACAAACUUACGGCAGCUGGAGGACAAUUGACAUUUACCAUAUCAUAUGACUUUGAGGAAGAGGAAGAAGAUACAGAACGCAUACUACAGAUUAUGGUUAUUUUAGAGGGAAGUGACUUGAGAAUCAGCACAGCCCAAGAUGAGGUGUAUCUGCAACCAUAUGAAGAACAUAUCCAUGCGUUGUUACUUAAAGAAGAAUUGUUUACCAUACAUGGCACCAAUUUCCCUGUCAGUAGAAGAGAGUUUAUGACAGUGCUCACAAAUGUAAAGAGAGUCCUCAUACAAAUCACCUACAGCCUUGGGAUGGAUGCCACCUUCAGGUUGGGCUCUGUUGACCUUGAGUCCGCAGUCCCCUAUCCUACUGACGGAAGCAUUGCAGCCGCUGUGGAGAUUUGCCAGUGUCCACAUGGGUAUACUGGCUCCUCUUGUGAGUCUUGUUGGCCUCGGCACCGACGUGUCAACGGCACUAUUUUUGGUGGCAUCUGUGAACCAUGUCAGUGCUUUGGCCAUGCAGAAUCUUGUGAUGACGUCACUGGAGAAUGUCUGAACUGUAAGGAUCACACAGGUGGCCUGUACUGCAAUAAAUGUCUUCCUGGUUUCUAUGGUGAUCCUAGCAAAGGGACCUCUGAAGACUGUCAGCCCUGUGCCUGUCCACUCAAUAUCCCAUCCAAUAACUUUAGCCCGACGUGCCAUUUAGACCGAAGUCUCGGAUUGAUCUGUGAUGCAUGUCCUGUCGGGUACGCAGGACCACGCUGUGAGAGGUGUGCAGAAGGCUAUUUUGGACAACCUUCUGUACCUGGAGGAUCAUGUCAGCCAUGCCAAUGCAAUGACAACCUUGACUUCUCCAUUCCUGGCAGCUGUGACAGCUUGUCUGGCUCCUGUCUGAUAUGUAAGCCAGGUACAACAGGCCGGUACUGUGAGCUCUGUGCUGAUGGAUAUUUUGGAGAUGCAGUUGAUGCAAAGAACUGUCAGCCUUGCCGCUGUAAUAUCAACAGCUCCUUGUCCGAGAGUUGCCAUGCUAGGACAGGACAGUGUGAAUGCAAACCUAACGUUCAAGGACUGCGGUGUGAUGAGUGUAAGCCUGAAACCUUUGGCCUGCAAUCCGGAAGGGGGUGUGUUCCUUGCAACUGUAAUUCCUUUGGAUCUAAGUCAUUCGACUGUGAAGAGAGUGGGCAGUGUUGGUGCCAGCCUGGAGUCACAGGCAAGAAAUGUGACCGCUGUGCUCACGGCUAUUUCAACUUCCAAGAAGGAGGCUGCACAGCUUGUGAUUGUCCCCAUCUGGGUAAUAAUUGUGACCCAAAGACUGGGCAGUGCAUUUGCCCUCCCAAUACCAUUGGAGAAAGAUGUUCUCAAUGUGCACCUAAUUCCUGGGGUCACAGCAUCACCACUGGUUGUAAGGCUUGUAACUGUAGCUCAGUGGGAUCCUUGGAUUUCCAAUGCAAUAUAAACACAGGCCAAUGCAACUGUCAUCCCAAAUUCUCUGGUGCAAGAUGUACAGAGUGCAAUCGAGGUCACUGGAACUACCCUCACUGCACCCCCUGUGAGUGCUUCCUGCCGGGCACUGAUGACAGGACCUGUGAUUCAGAGACUAAAAAGUGCUCCUGUAGUGAUCAGACAGGGCAGUGCACCUGUAAGGUGCAUGUAGAAGGUGUGAGCUGUGACAGGUGCCUGCCAGGCAAGUUUGGACUCGAUGCCAAGAACCCACUUGGCUGCAGCAGCUGCUACUGCUUCGGCGCCACUACCCAGUGCUCUGAAGCCAAAGGACUGAUCCGUACGUGGGUAACUCUGGAGCCCGAGCAGACCAUCCUGCCCCUGGUGGAUGAGGCCCUUCAACACACCACCACCAAAGGCAUAAUUUUUCAACAUCCAGAAAUUGUUGCACAUAUGGAUCUGGUGAGACAGGAGCUCCAUCUGGAACCCUUUUACUGGAAACUUCCAGAACAAUUUGAAGGCAAGAAAUUGACAACCUAUGGUGGCAAACUCAAGUAUGCAAUCUAUUUUGAGGCUCGAGAAGAGACAGGUUUCUCUACCUAUAAUCCUCAAGUUAUCAUUCAAGGCGGGACUCCUACUCAUGCUAGAAUUAUCAUCAGGCAUAUGGCUGCACCUCUAAUUGGCCAAUUGACAAGGCAUGAGAUUGAAAUGACAGAGAAAGAAUGGAAAUACUAUGGUGAUGACCCUCGAAUCCGUAGAACCGUGACCCGUGAAGACUUCUUGGAUAUUCUAUAUGAUAUUCAUUAUAUUCUUAUCAAAGCAACUUAUGGAAAUAUCAUGAGACAAAGCAGGAUUUCCGAAAUCUCCAUGGAGGUAGCUGAACAAGGACGCAUAACCGCAGUGACUCCGCCAGCACGGUUGAUAGAAAGAUGUGAUUGUCCCCCCGGCUAUUCUGGUUUGUCCUGUGAGACAUGCAUGCCAGGAUUCUACCGACUACGGUCUGAGCCAGGCAGCCACUCUCCUAGACCAACGCUGGGCACCUGCGUUCCAUGUCAGUGUAAUGGACACAGCAGCCUAUGUGACCCUGAAACCUCUAUAUGCCAGAAUUGUCAACAUCACACUACGGGUGACUUUUGUGAACGAUGUGCUCUCGGAUAUUAUGGAAUAGUCAGAGGAUUGCCAAGUGACUGUCAGCAAUGUGCUUGCCCUCUAAUUUCUUCCAGCAACAAUUUCAGCCCUUCUUGUGUCCUGGAAGGCCUUGAUGAUUACCGCUGCACAGCCUGCCCACGAGGAUACGAAGGCCAGUACUGUGAACGGUGUGCCCCUGGCUAUACUGGCAGCCCCAGCAGCCCUGGAGGUUCCUGCCAAGAAUGUGAGUGUGACCCGCAUGGCUCCCUGCCUGUCCCCUGUGACCCUAUCACGGGGCUCUGCACGUGCCGACCUGGAGCCACAGGGCGGAAGUGUGACGGCUGCAAGCACUGGCAUGCACGCCAGGGCGCGGAGUGUGUGUUUUGUGGAGAUGAAUGCACGGGCCUUCUUCUUGAUGACUUGGCUCGCCUGGGGCAGAUGGCCAUGAGCAUCAACCUUACUGGCCCACUGCCUGCGCCGUAUAAAAUGCUGUAUGGCCUUGAAAAUAGGACUCAAGAACUAAAGCAUUUGCUCUCACCUCAGCGAGCCCCAGAGAGGCUGAUUCAAUUGGCAGAGGGCAAUCUGAACACACUCGUGACGGAAAUGAAUGAACUUCUGACCAGGGCGACCAAAGUGACAGCAGAUGGCGAGCAAACUGGACAGGAUGCUGAGAGGACCAACAGGCGAGCAGAGGCCUUAGGAGAAUCCAUUAAGGAGCUUGCCCGGGAUGCAGAAGCUGUAAAUGAAAAAGCUGUAAGACUAAAUGAAACUCUAGGAACUCCAGACCAGGACUUUGAGAGAAAUUUGCAAGGACUUCAGAAAGAAAUUGAUCAGAUGAUGACAGAACUGAGGUGGAAAAAUUUCGAUAAACAAAAGGAAGUUGCUGAAGAUGAGUUAGUAGCUGCAGAAGGCCUCCUGAAGAAGGUGAAGAAAUUAUUUGGAGAGCCCCGAGAGAAGAAUGAAAAAGUGGAGAAGGAUAUCCGGGCAACCCUGGCAGACAACAAAGACAAAGUCGAUGAUGCUUGGGACCUGUUGAGAGAAGCCACAGAUAAAAUCAGAGAGGCUAAUCGCUUAUCUACCGCGAAUCAGAAAAACAGGACUGCUUUGGAGAAAAAGAAGGAGGCUAUUGAAAGUGGCAAACAACAAACCGAGAACACUUUAAAAGAAGGCAAUGCCAUACUCAAUGAAGCCAACCGUCUUGCAGAUGAAAUCAACUCUGUCAUAGAUUACGUUGAAGACAUUCAAACUAAGUUGCCACCCAUGUCUGAGGAGCUGAAAGACAAAAUAGAUGACCUCUCCCAGGAAAUACAGGACAGGAAGCUUGCUGAGAAAGUGUCCCAGGCUGAGAGCCACGCAGCUCAGUUGAAUGACUCAUCCGCUGUCCUUGAUCGAAUCCUGGAUGAGGCUAAAAACAUCUCCUUCAAUGCCACUGCAGCCUUCAAUGCUUACAGCAAUAUUAAGGACUCUAUUGAUGAAGCUGAGAAAAUUGCCCAAGAAGCCAAAGAUCUUGCACAUGAAGCAACAAAACUGGCAACAGGUCCUCAGGGCUUAUUAAAGGAAGAUGCCAAAGGCUCUCUCCAGAAAAGCUUUGGGGUUCUUAAUGAAGCCAAGAAGUUAGCAAAUGAUGUAAAAGAAAAUGAGGACUAUCUGAAUGGCUUAAGAACCCGAUUAGAAAAUGCAGAUGUUAGAAAUGGUGAUCUCCUGAAAGCUGUGAAUGACACGUUGGGAAAGUUGUCAGCCAUUCCAAAUGACACGGCUGCUAAACUGCAAGGUGUUAAGGACAAAGCGAGACAAGCCAACGACACAGCAAAGCAUGUGCUGGCACGGAUUAAAGAUCUCCACCAGGACCUUGACGGCCUGAAGAAAAAUUACAAUCAACUAGCAGACAGCGUAGCCAAAACAAACGCUGUGGUGAAAGAUCCUUCGAAGAACAAAAUCAUUGCAGAUGCAGAUGCCACUGUGAAAAGUCUAGAACAAGAAGCUGAUCGUCUAAUAGAUAAACUCAAACCCAUCAAGGAACUUGAGGACAACCUAAAGAAAAACAUCUCUGAGAUAAAGGAACUGAUCAACCAAGCCCGGAAACAAGCUAAUUCUAUCAAAGUAUCUGUGUCUUCCGGAGGUGACUGCAUUCGAACAUACAAGCCGGAAAUCAAGAAAGGAAGCUACAAUAAUAUCGUUGUCAAUGUAAAGACAGCUGUUGCCGACAACCUCCUUUUUUAUCUUGGAAGUGCCAAAUUUAUUGACUUCCUGGCUAUAGAAAUGCGUAAAGGCAAAGUAAGCUUUCUCUGGGAUGUUGGAUCUGGAGUUGGACGCGUAGAGUAUCCGGAUCUGACUACUGAUGACUCAUACUGGUACCGUAUUGAGGCGUCAAGAACUGGGAGGAAUGGGACCAUUUCUGUGAGAGCCCUGGAUGGACCCAAGGCCAGCAUUGUGCCCAGUACAUACCACGCAGCAUCUCCUCCAGGGUAUACUAUUCUUGACGUGGAUGCAAACGCAAUGCUGUUCGUUGGUGGCUUGACAGGCAAACUGAAGAAGGCCGAUGCUGUGCGCGUGAUUACGUUCACUGGUUGUAUGGGCGAAACGUACUUUGACAGCAAACCUAUAGGGUUAUGGAAUUUCCGAGAAAAAGAAGGUGACUGCAAAGGAUGUACUGUCAGUCCUCAGGUAGAAGAUAGUGAGGGGACUAUUCAGUUUGAUGGAGAAGGGUAUGCUUUGGUCAGCCGCCCCAUUCGCUGGUACCCCAACAUCUCAACUGUCAUGUUCAAGUUCAGGACAUUUUCUUCAAGUGCUCUCCUGAUGUACCUUGCCACACGAGACCUGCUAUUCUCCAACAUAUCAAUUGUAGAUAUAGAUACUAACCAGGAGGAGAACCUAGCAACUUCAUCUUCUGGAAACAACUUUGGUCUCGACUUGAAAGCAGAUGACAAAAUAUAUUUUGGUGGUCUGCCAACACUGAGAAACUUGAGUAUGAAAGCAAGACCAGAAGUAAAUUUGAAGAAAUAUUCUGGCUGCCUCAAAGAUAUUGAAAUCUCAAGAACUCCAUAUAAUAUACUCAGUAGCCCUGACUACGUUGGCGUUACUAAAGGAUGUUCACUGGAGAACGUUCACACAGUCAGCUUCCCCAAGCCUGGUUUCGUAGAGCUGUCCCCUGUGCCAAUUGAUGUAGGCACAGAAAUCAACCUGUCCUUCAGCACCAAGAAUGAGUCUGGGCUCAUUCUCUUGGGAAGUGGAGGGACACCAGCACAACCUCGUAGGAAACGAAGGCAAACUGGACAGGCCUAUUAUGCAAUAUUCCUGAACAAGGGCCGUCUGGAAGUGCAUCUCUCCAUGGGGACACGGACAAUGCGGAAAAUUGUUGUCAAACCAGAGCCGGGUCUGUUUCACGACGGGAGAGAACAUUCCGUUCAUGUCGAGAGGACUAAAGGCAUGUUUACUGUUCAAGUCGAUGAAGACAGAAGGCAUAUGCAAAAUCUGACAGUAGAACAGGCAAUCGAAGUGAAAAAGCUUUUCAUUGGGGGUGCUCCACCUGAAUUUCAACCUCCCCCGCUCAGAAAUAUUCCUCCUUUUGAAGGCUGUGUAUGGAACCUUGUUAUAAACUCUGUCCCCAUGGACUUUGCACAGCCUGUCUCCUUCAAAAAUGCAGACAUUGGUCGUUGUGCCCAUCAGAAACCCCGUGAGGAUGAAGAUGGACGGAUUCCAGCUGAAAUAGUUACCCAGCCAGAGCCAGUGCCCACCCCAGUCUUCCCUACGCCCACCCCAGUGGUGGCACAUGGUCCCUGUGCUGCGGAAUCAGAACCAGCUCUUUUGAUAGGGAGCAAGCAGUUUGGGCUUUCGAGAAACAGUCACAUUGCAAUUGCCUUCGAUGACACCAAAGUUAAAAACCGCCUCACAAUCGAGUUUGAAGUACGAACUGAAGCUGAAUCAGGCCUGCUUUUUUACAUGGCUCGGAUCAAUCAUGCUGAUUUUGCUACUGUUCAAUUGAGAAAUGGAUUGCCCUACUUCAGUUAUGACUUGGGAAGCGGGGACACCAACACCAUGAUCCCCACCAAAAUCAACGAUGGUCAAUGGCACAAGAUUAAGAUUAUGCGAAUUAAGCAAGAAGGAAUUAUUUAUGUAGAUGAUGCUUCCAACAGAACCAUCAGUCCCAAGAAAGCUGAUAUCCUGGAUGUUGUGGGGAUACUGUAUGUUGGCGGACUGCCCAUCAACUACACUACCCGAAGAAUUGGUCCAGUGACCUACAGCAUUGAUGGCUGCAUCAGGAAUUUUCAGAUGGUGGAGGCUCCUGUAGAUCUUGACCAACCAACCUCCAGCUUCCAGGUUGGAACGUGUUUUGCUAAUGCUCAGAAAGGAACAUACUUUGAUGGAACAGGUUUUGCCAAAGCAGUUGGUGGGUUCAAAGUGGGACUGGACCUUCUUGUAGAAUUUGAAUUCCGCACAACUAGAACCAGUGGAGUUCUUCUGGGAAUCAGCAGCCAGAAAAUGGAUGGAAUGGGCAUUGAAAUGAUUGAUGGAAGGCUUCUGUUUCAUGUGGACAAUGGUGCCGGCCAAUUCACUGCUGUCUAUGAUGCUGGGAUCCCAGGGCAUUUGUGUGAUGGGCAAUGGCAUAAAGUCACAGCCAACAAGAUCAAACACCGCAUCGAGUUGAUAGUAGAUGGGAACCAGGUGGAAGCCCAGAGUCCCAACCAAGCAUCUACAUCAGCUGACACAAAUGACCCUGUGUUUGUUGGAGGUUUCCCAGAUGGCCUCAAUCAGUUUGGUCUGACAACCAACAUUAGAUUCCGAGGCUGCAUCCGAUCUCUGAGGCUCACGAAAGGCACAGGCAAGCCACUGGAGGUCAAUUUUGCCAAGGCCCUGGAACUGUGGGGCGUUCAACCUGUAUCGUGCCCAGCCAACUAAUAAGUUUAAGGAAGGGCCUUCAAAAUAAGUAUAUCAAGUAAAACAAAUAUAUCUUACCUGUAUAUGUUAUUAAAACUAAUUUGUGCAUGUAUAUUGAAUUCUUUUUGUAUUCAGAUGGUGCUAAUUCAGAUACCAGACUGAAUUUAAAUUCAAUUUAAGUCCAUGAAUAUUAAACCACUUAUUUCAUUCUAAAUAAUUGCUUGUUCUUUGUGAUUUUAAAGAUGAAAGGCAACUGACCAUAAAUUAUUGAAUUUGCAACAUGCCUUCAAAUCAUCUCAAGAAAAGUUCAGAUGUAAUUUGUGAAGGCAACUUUUUGUUUGUUUUCACUAACUCUUAUUAAUACUUUUAUCAUCCUUUUCCACGUAUAUCAGCUUUGGCUUUCUAUUCAGGCCACUGAAAACAAUGGGUUUGGCAUGUUUGGGAGGAAGUCAGCUCCUUUACUCCCUAUGUUUGAGAAAGCAUUAGAAAAUCAUUUCCCUGAUCCAGGUUUAUUAUUAGGGAGUUUAGCCAUGAGUGAAUACUUUUUUUGUGCGGAGCAUAUAUUUAGAGAGUAUAGAUUAGAUUCUGGCCAGAGAGCUUAAUUACUCGAUUUUCUUGUUUGAUAAUGAUUUAUAGGCUUUGGGGAGACAUCAGAACCAAGCUCCAGAAUGACAAUUAAGCACACAUUUGAUACUACAUUACUGAAACUAUGGGCUCCUUAGAUUUUCAGUGAAUAUUACAGUAUACAUAACCACAGAGGAAUAAUGCUGAAAUGCAUUUUUACUUACCAGGAAACAAUAAACUAGAAACUUAAUAGAAGUACAUUGCUGAUCUUUUUGAGUUGUAAUUUGAGUUAACAAAUUAAUUUCCCCCAAAAAUGUCUUUGUUUAGUUCCUCUUUUAUCCACUCUUUCAGUCAUCUUCAAAGGGGUCUGUGAGAAGACUGACUUAGAUUUUAUUCAUUAAUUUAAGAAGGAAAUGUUUCAUUUGCCAUCUUCAGUAAAGUAGUUGUAGUCUAAUAAUGCUGAACAUAUAAAAAAAACCAGACUUCCUUCACAUGGUAAUUUUAACAAAAGAAGAAUAAUCCUUUUUGACAGUGCUAUCCAGAAUGGAAAAGAAGGUGCUGUUCCUAAUCAAGCAGAUGGCUAACACACUCUUAGCAUUUCACCAUUAGCCAGUUGCUUGAUACCAUUUGCCUACACAACCUCAUUCUAGAACAAGCAAUUCUCAAUCAUGGCUCCCUUUUGGAAUUAACCCGGUAUGCUUGAUUUGGUCUAGGAUGUAUCCUUGGCAUGAGGAUUCUUAAAAAGCUUCCCAGGCAACUCUAAAGUUCCAUCAGGAAUGAAAACUACUGUUCUGAAGAGAAAAAUUAUCCACUAUGCCAAAUUAGUUGUAGAGUCCUCUAAGAAUCUGUUGUUGACUUUGUCUUGGCCAUUUCCUCACAUAUAAAAAAAAAAACAAUAUGGAAUCAAGUUAAUGCCUUUUGAGCCAUCCGUAAGUCAUAAAACUCUCUGAGAGCCAAUGUGUCUUAAAGAUGAAGAUGUUCCUUCUCCACUGAAUGCUGACAAGAUUUGGGCCUACCUGGAAAAUAAGUGGAUAAACAGAACUAAAGAUGCUAAGUUCCUAAGUUAAAAGUUAAUGCACUUUUAUCCCCUGAAGCCUCAACAGAAAGAAAUAUAACAAAUUUGAAAGCAAAGUUACUCAAUUAAUAAUCCUAUCUGAGUCAAGUCCUGUUGAAGUCUAUUUGUAGGUGAAUGCCUUAGGUAGAAUUGGAAGGGCCCUUUGAAAUCAAUAAAUACAGUGAUUCUCAACUUUUGCUAGACAUUAAAAUUGCCUUGGGUACAUAAAAAAAGAAAAGAAUCUUAUAUCUGGAUAUCACCUCAGACCUUAAAUAGUCUCUGAGUAGGGCUCUGGCAUUGGCAUUUUCUAAACAUCUCCAGCUGAUUCUAAUAUGUGGCCAAGGCUGAAAACUUGGAUUUCUACUGCCUCCAUAUUUUAUGGGGAGGAACUGGAACAAACCCAGAGAGAGUUGAUGUUUGCUCAAAGUCCCACACUAGUUAAGUUCUCCAAAGUAGCCCUAAGAAAGCUGAUCUGGACCCAAGUAGAAUUCACUGAAUCAGGUAUUGGCUAAAUUUGUCCCAGACAAAAUCCAUAUUCGAAAGUGGAUCAUGAAUUUGUAUGGACAAAACUUGUCCAAAUUCUAUGAUGAGAAAUAAGGAAACUUUAUGAAGAGCAAAAGAUUGUCUCGCAUAUUUUAAUUUUCUACCUCAAUAAUCAGAUUUUUAUCCCAAAGAAAAACAUUUCCUUCACCCAACCUUAAUCCCCUCAAUAAUUUCCUCACCUCCUUCCACCCACAGCAAUCACGAAGACGGCAGAAUCCUUUUCAUUUAUUUUUCAAACACCCACUCCUACCAGGUUGUCAACCUUCUUUAAGAAGGUGCUUUGCACUUCAGAAGAAAAACAUUUAUGAAGGGAGUUUUAUUGAAGUUACCAUGGUGAGCACAGCUGACAAUGGAAUAUAAGGAGCCGAGCAGAUUUCAGCCCCAAAGCUCUAGAACACUGCCAGACACUUAAAGUUUCACUUAGUGAUUUUAAAAAUCACAACUACUUUCUUCUUCUUUGAUUUAGCCUAUUGUCUCCAACUACAAAACUCCUCGAGAUUUUCUGCUUAAUGCCAGAGGAAAAGACUGCUUUGACAAAUUGAAAAUCUCAAUUUUGUGUGAAAUAUUUAUGGAAUUAUUAGGGAAUAAAAUUGGUAUCUACAAUUAUUAUGGAAACAAAAUACAAUAGCUUUCACCAGUACAGAGCACAGUUUUUCACUAUCACUUGCAAAAGAUAUGACUUCCAAUUAAUGCAGGAAUACAAAGACAUUUCUCAAUGUCUUUUAAUCUCUGUUGAAUCAAGAGAGAGAUACAAAUCUAUGUACUAUACUCAUUUGCUUGACCGAGAUUAGUAGAUACUUCGGACCCAAGGGGCACUUGAAGGGACCCCCCCCAGGCUGCACCUGAAAUUCUCUUAUGCAGAUUAGUGACCCAGAAUCACUCUUUGGCGUUUGUGGCAGACACCUUAAGUGACAUGAAAUAUGUACCCAUUGUCAAAGUGAGAGUGUUACGACAUGAACCGUGCUCCCUCCUCUCCAAAUUCAUGUGUCGAAGUGUUAGCCCCCAACACCUUAAAGUUGUGACUGUAAUUGCAGAAAGGGAUUGAAAAGAAUCCUGUAAUUAAGGGAAAAUGAAGUCAUAGGGGUGGGCCCUAAACAUGACGGAUGUCCUUAUAAGAAGAGAAUAAGACACAGAUAGACAUAGGGAAAAGACCAUGUGAACACACAGAGAGAAGAUAGCCAUCUACAAGCUCAGGAGAGAGGCUCUAGAAGAAACCAACCCUGCCAACAUCUAGAACUAAGAAAUACAGCCUCCAGAAUUGUGAGAAAAUGCAUUUCCACUGUUUAAGCCACCCAAUCUGCGGUGCUUUGCUAUGGCAGUCUCAGCAAACUAAUGCAGAGCCUUUCUGCAUAAAUACAUACAUACAUGCAUCCAUGCAUACAAAUAUACCUAGGUCAGCAUGUUUCAGGUCCCUUUAGAGUGACAUGUACUUCAGAGAAAUCAAUUAUUUUAACAGUGACCAUUAUCACUUACAUAAAUGAUCAGGAAAAAAUUGAGACUAAAAAAUGAAAGAAUAUUCACAACAUACUUAAAUAGAGGAAGUUGUUUUUAUAUGUGCUUGGGGAUAUUAGGAAUAGCUACAUAGUAAUUAUAAGUCAAAGAAACAGUGUUCUCAAUAUAACCACUCACUGAACUUUUCAGCAGAAAGGACUCUCUGGAGAGCUUUCCUGGUUUGUAUAUUCAUGUUUGAAGAACUACUAAUUUACCUGUGGACAAAUCAAAGCCCCAAUUUAUUUGGGAAGGUUGUCUCUCUAGAGCUCAGCCCUCUGCAGGGACGUAACUAAUAAUAUAAGAGGUAGCACUGGAGGCGGUGAAAAGUGAUUAGAUUCUGAUAUAUUUUGAUAGAUUAGUGUUUCUAUCAAAGAGAGUGUUAUGACAUAAACUGUGCUCCCCGCUCUCCAAAUUCAUGUGUUGACAUUUUAGCCCCCAAUACCUUAAAAUGUGACUGAAGGGGAUCAAAAGAGGCAAUUAAGGCAAAAUGAAGAUUGCCUAUGGAGAAUGAGAAAAUAAAGUACUGAUACCUUCUAAUCAUCUGAAAGAAUAGAGUAGCAUUAUUUGGAGAAGGGGUUGUAGUCAAAGUAGGUCUUUUACAGAAAGGAAAACCAAGUCAGUGGUUUUAGAUAUAUUAAUUUUAAACUUAUCUAGUAGAUAAGGCCACUGUACCAGAGGCAAUUGGAAAACGAGUCUGGAGUUAUAGGUAUAAAUAUGGGAGUCAUCAGAACGUUGAUGUUAUUUAUAGCCACAAGACUGAAUGAGAUCACCAAGGGAGUGAGUGUAGAUAGAGGAGUAUGGACACACCAAAACUAAGAGUAUUAGGGGAUGAAUAUGCUGGGUGCUUUUUCAGGGCAGUGCUGGGCUUGACUUUCUGUUGACUGGGCUAUUUUACAACUCUGUAGUGUCAAAGGUAUCUUGUAGAUUUUUGUUUAGUAGAAAUAUAAAUAAAUUUUGUCUGCUUGAAGCUAACAACUUUUUAUCUGAGAAAUCUUACCCUAAUAUUCCUUUAUGCAUAUGUCUGUGUGUCUCAAAUGCUCUUUAGACCAGUUCAUCAUCUUAUUUCUUCCCUCUUUGAUUGAGUUAAAUAAAAUCUCUGACAUGUGUUCACGUUA